AUGGCGUUGUCAUUGUGGGGGCAAAUCUGGCUGUGCCUGACCACGGCGCAAGUGGCCACCCAGGAUACGGCGCAAAAGGUUGCAACGGGCGUGGCUGGCGUGUCUCGGGCUACCGCCUCUGCCGUGCUCAACGGGCCUGGACAACUGGUCACCAAGACCAAGGAGACCGUGGCCUACUAUCGCGCCGAGCCAACGGUGCUGCGUCGCGAGCUCGUGUCCGGGUUUACCAUUGCAGUCCUGCAAAUCCCCGAAUCGGUGGCCUUUUCUUUUGUGGCUGGCCUGGACCCCAUCUAUGGCCUCCGGGCAACUAUUUUUCUCGGCUUUAUCGCCGGCCUCAUUGGCUCGCGACCAGGCAUGGUCAGCGGCGCCGCCGGGGCCAUGGCCGUCAUCCUGGCCGACCUAACGGGGCCAGGCGGUGAAUGGCGCGACGGGCAGUUUACCGAUGGUCAAGUUGACGACCUCGUCAACAUCACCCUCAUGAUUACGGGAGCCAUGCAAGUCGGCCUCGCCCUCUUCGGCCUGGCCCGCUUUGCCCGCCUCAUUCCUUUCACCGCCAUGAUUGGCUUUAUGAACGGCCUUGCCAUCAUCAUCCUGAUCUCGCAGCUGACAGCUUUCCAGGAAUGCCCAAACGACGAAUACGCCGUUUGUGCCCGGGCAGACACACUCAAAUGGAUGCGCAUCGAUGAUGGCCGCACCUGGAUGGUGAUUCUGGAGAGUCUCAUGUCCGCCGCCAUCGUGGUCUUCUUUCCUCUCUGGCGAAGCGUCCAUCGCUACGUGCCCGCCGCGCUCGUCUCGCUGGUGGUCGUCACUGCCUUUGAGCACGCCAUCAACCGCACCGCCAUUGACCUGCCUACCCGUACCGUUGGCGAGACAGCGCCUUUGGCUGGAGGCUUUGAGGCCCCCCGUUUUCCAAACAAGCCCGCUGGCGCCGAGUGGGGGACCAUCUGCCUCUACGCGGCCAUCAUGACCAUGGUCGGUGCCAUCGAGUCCAUCAUGACCUCCGAGGCCGUGGCUGAGCUUCUGCAGGAACCCAACAAUCGUUGGGCGUCAACCCAAGAGUGCGUCGCGCAGGGCAUUGGUAACUUCAUUUCCGGCCUCUUUAGCUCCAUGGGUGGUGAUGCCAUGAUUGGCCAGUCCACCGUCAACGUCAUGAACGGUGCCCGCCACCGCCUCUCGACCACCUCGGCAUCCGUUUUUCUUCUUAUCAUUGUCGUGGCCCUCUCCCGCGCCAUCGAGGUCGUUCCCGUCGCCUGCCUGACCGGCAUUCUUUUUGUGAUUGUCACAAAGACGUUCCAUUGGCCGACCUUCCGAUUGCUCUUUCAGCUCUCCUGGCCCGACAGCCUGGGUAUUAUCCUUGUCACCGUCCUCGCCGUUACCACCAACCUGGCCUACGCCGUGUUGGCUGGCGUCGUUUGGCGUGCCCUUGUUCAUGCUUACGCCAGCGGUGAGCUCAUUCACUGCCGCACUGAGCUGCGUGCCAUCCAGGACGGCAAGGUUUUGGCGCCAUUGGACUCUGACGAGGCUGGCAACGAGACUGGCAAUGAGGCUGUCACUGCAGAGCUCAAUCGAAGCAGCAGCGCUGCUCAGCUGCUCAGCACCAACACCACCGCUGCUGUUUCAGCUGACGAGCCUCUUGUGGAUACGCCCCCCGUGGCAGAGAGCAACGUAGACACGACUGCGGCUUCGACGGGUCCGGCCACUCGUUCGCCAGCCAUCAUUGCCGAUGCCAACGCGGUGGAAAAGGUGUAUUACUUUAGCGGGCCUCUGUUCUUCGGUUCAGCCACAGCGUUCCGCGGGGCCUUUGAUCCCGCUCACGACCCGCAACGCAUCGUGAUCGACUUUACAGCAGCGCUGGUCUCAGAUUUUUCAGCCGUCACCGCUCUGCGCGGUGUCUGCAAGCGGUAUCAGCAGCUCGGCAAGGAGGUGAUUAUUCAGGGGCUCGAUGCGCAUAGUCGUACGCACAUGCAACGGCAUCGCAAACUGCGCUAUCUUGCAGAAGAGGACCAGAGCCUUGAGGACGAGGGGGUACCGGCUGAGCCCCCGCAUCACCUCAAUUCACUUCACAUUUUCCAGCCCGAAGGUGAUGAGAUUGGUCAUUUCUCAAUGGACGCUUCGGGCGACGACGCCGUGGCUGAGCUCUAUCGCUCCAAUGGAGAUGCUUCGCUCAACGGCUCCACCGUCCGCCGGCGGCCCCACACCGCCACAAGCGUUGCAGAGGUUUGA